AUGAGGCCACCGGAUGUUCAACAAAGUGUUUUGCAUGUCAGAUCUGAAGCUGGACUUCACAUGCGAAUAGAAAAAAUAAGGAGAAAGUCAAGAAAAUACUGCUUCAUCCGAAUAAGCGCGGCGCUGCCUGUUGUGUUUCCAGGGCUGGAGGGCAAGGCGGUGGAGGCGGGGGCUCCGGGGGCGGGGGCGGGGGCGGGGCCGGAGGCGGCUACGGAGCGGCGACGAAUCGUCCGCAACGUGGCGGUGCUGAGCGCCGCCUUCAUGGUGCACUUCACGGCCUUCCAGGGCGCGGGCAACCUGCAGAGCUCGGUCAACGCGGAGAAGGGGCUGGGCACGGCGGCCCUCGCCACCAUCUACGCCUCGCUCAUCCUCUCCAACGUCUUUCUGCCCGUCCUCGUCAUCCGUUAUCUUCGACACCCCAAUUGGGAACUUCUCCAAAUGAAAAUUGCAUUUGAUAAUAAACGUAGGUUACCAAUAAUUCGUUUUGGAGAACCUGACAUUUUGCAGUUGAGCCUCAGUAAUGAAGAACUGUAG